AUGCGUCCAUCACAAAACCAUCACGGAAGUAAGAAGAUCAAGCGAUCAACUUCUUCUCCCUUUUCAUCAUCAUCACCUCCCAUGUUUCAAGACGUUUCCGAUCAUGAUGAAGAUGGAGAUGAAAUCAUUGAUAUGACUUCGGAACAAGAAGGAUCCAAUAAUAAUAAUAAUAAUAAUAACAAUAAUACAACAUCAUCAAAUCCAAUCAUUGAGGAAAGUCAUUUGGAACCAAAAACGAGAAGGAGAAGUAGUAGUGGAGGAAGCUCUUCUGGUGCUAGACAUCGUAGACAUCACCAUGACGAUCAUCAGCCAAGUCAUGGCGUAGGAUUUGAAGAAUUGAGCGACGAAGAAGAAGAGGAUGAAGAUGAAGACGUUGAAGUAAUUGACAAUUCAGAUUAUAGCCACAAAGAACCCCAUCAUUUCCAUUCGGAAAUUCAAGAGUCAAAUCAACAACGACAAGUACAAUCUGCACGUCCUUUUCAAAUCGAAGAACAAUUAGAGCAUGAGGAAAGUGAAGGAGAAGAUGAGGAAGGCAACCGAUACACACGAACCACCAAAACAUUUGAAUCACCUCAAGGAGGUUUAAAAACCACAACCACUCGUAAAGUGAUUGAUAAAGAGGGUCGUGUAAUUUCCACAUCCACCUCAACGACAUCCAAGUCCAACAGUGGUAAUAUUCCAGUUUAUGUAAAAAGGCAACAGCAGGUUUCUUCACAUCCAGGUGGUGGUGGCGUCACUUCAUCAACAGUUUCCUUUUCAUCUUCAUCCGGUUCAGCACCUCCUUCCAUGAUUCAUCAUCAAUUUGGCUCUAAUGGCAAUGCAGGUGGUACCAUGAUGAACGUAUUUGACUCGAAUAAUAUUGCCAAUCCAUUUGCAAAUGAUCCAUUCUUUUCACGUCCUUUUGGAAGCUCCAUGUUUGCAAAUGAUCCAUUCUUUUCAAAUCCAUUUGGUUCGAUUAUGGAGCAGCAUAGAAACAUGAUGAGAUCAUUCCAACAGCAACAACAACAAUUCUUUCAGCAACCAUUCUUUCAACAACAACAACCUCAAUUUUCCAACCAAUUUAUGAGCUCUCAACAACCAAAUCAGCAGCAACAACAAUUCUUUAGCCAACAAAAUGCAGGACAAUUUGUAAAUACGUCUAACUUUAAUCCUCAGCAACAGCAACAACAACAGACUAGACAGCAACCUUACGGCCAAUAA